GUGAAGUCAGUUGUUUUCCAAAUUUUAGUCGUCGUCGCCAUCAUGCACUAUUGACAGUCGACAGACCACCAUCGCAUCAUCGUCGUCAUCAUCGUAUACCGAGAACAAAGUGUGAGAACGUUCAGAAUUUCAACACCAUGUUUAGCUCCGAAAAUAACAUAACUGCGAACCAACAUAAUUAUUUCUCCAUUAAACAACUCUUAUUCGCAAUUGUAUUGUUAACAUCAAGUGUAGAAAUUCACGCGGAUAACGUAAAUUUGACAAAAAGUGGACCAAGUCAAGAAAUAAACUGCACGAUUUAUAGGUCGUGCACACAAUGUGCUGAUGCAUCUAUUUGUAGUUGGGCGAUCGAUAAACAAAUUUGUCUUUAUUCAAAUCAAAGUCUCUCAGAGAAUUACAGAGUGGUUACAAAAGAAUCUUGCCCAGAGUUUGCCGUGACUUUAAAAACCAAAGAUAAUCAUUAUUGGAUACAAGUUACGGUCUCGAAUAUGGCGGUAAAAAGUGUAAACACUUUUUUUAAUGAUAACACGGUCAUUAGUUGUGAAAUAGAAAAUAUAAUCUAUAACGCUUCAAUCAAUAAUGGAAUAAUUUCUUGUAAAUGGGUAAAAGAAAACAUAAUUUCUCCCGAGAAACGAAGAUCGAUGGACAUCAAUCCUUUGUCUAUUUUUUAUUUUUCAGUCGUUGUCGACAAUAAUGUUAGGUUACAAUUUAACGACCCUCGAGAUCAUUACAUCAGUUAUCACAGUUGGAUCUGCCCCGACGUAAAUUGUUCGAUCGCUUUUUGGGAAAGUGACUUGAGAAAAUAUUACUGUAAAUGGUGUUUGAAAAAAGACGGUUGUCGGUUAACAGGUGAAUCGCGGUACAGUUGCGACGUACGCCACGCGUUGAACAACGAGAAAUUAUGGAACAACGACACUGCGCUGUCCACGAUCGAAGUGAAAAGUCCCGAACUGGCGAUCGAAUCUUUCAAUCCAGACGUAUUGCUUUUCAAUCGUAACUUGUCGAUGGUCGUGAGCAUAAACGUCAAGAAUCACAAGAUUUUGGCCGAUGACCGGUCGACAACUGCAGUGACCGUGGCCGGUCAGAGUUGUGAUAACCCGACCACGGUCGACGAUCAGACGAUCAAUUGCACCGUCAGUAAGUACAACGAAAAGACGUUGGCGAACGACGGUCCGGUGCUGGUCGAGUACACGUGGACGACGACGUCGAGCAAGGUGAGGUUGACAUCAUUACAAAAAUUUAAGUUUGUCAUUCCGAGCGUGACGGGCGUCAAUCCGACGUGUGUUCCAGCCACUGGUGGCACCCCCAUAGUACUAACCGGUCAAUAUCUGAACGCCACGACUGACGUUCAGGUGUUUUUCAAAAAAAAGGGGUCCAAAACGACGUGUGAGAUUUUCGAGCUCUCGCGUGACCGAAUAGGCUGUGUGACAGUCGCCAACAGCAAAGUACGCAAGCCUGGCCCGUUGUUGAUCUUGUUCGACAAUAUGACCGGUUAUACACCAAAGAAAAUGUCUCGUACUGUCACCGAUCCGACCGUUCUGGACGAUCAGGUGUUCGCGGGAAUCGCAUCUGGCGACGUCCCGUUGAUCGUUCGUGGUAGUUUCGACUGCACGAAAAACCAACAGGUGUACGUCGACUACAACGGGGAAAGGCACUUCGGCCGCUGUGCGGUACGUAACAUCAACGACUCGGCAAUGAUGUACUGUUGGCCACCAAAGUUCGACAGCCCAGUGCAGAUGACGAGCUUGCCGCUCGGCUUUCGUGUCGAGUUGGCUGAUAAAGUGGUGUUUGUACCACAACAGACGCACUACAGUUACCUGCUGCACCCCGACCCAAUUUACGCUGACUUUGAAGUCCACGACGUCGACAUCAUCCGCGUAAAUGGCGUGUUUCCGGACCCGCUGCAACGCCGCCAAUGGGACGGAAACUAUUUGCUCGAGGUAGUAUUAUUCGGCGAACCGUCGGACGACGAUGACAUAUUUUGCACUGUGACCGACGUCGCCGAGAAUCACGCAGAGUGUCGGUCACCGUCGGGCACGUCAUUUGAUGAUGUCCUAGAAAUCGUGAUCGUAUUAGCGGGCAAACAAGCGACACGGACCGUAGUGCACAGAAGACACAAACAGUAUUAUUAUGCGAUGAUUCGGUUGCUGAGACCGCAAUACGUCAUCGCUGGUAUUUCAGCAUUGCUGAUGUGCGUAUUGGCGUUGAUUUUUUGCGUAAAGAAUCUGAUGAAUCGCUCUAAGCGACACGUCGAUAGGCGAUAUAUAAGUGAACUACGAAACAUCACCGCCGGAAUAGACGACACCACUGACUAUUUAUUGAAUUCGAAAACCUGAAUUGGUGUAGACUUGAUUACGGAAUUGAGUUAAGUUGGAAUUUAUGUUAUUGGAACAAAUUAAAAAAAAAAAAAUGAUUUGUUCUUGAUUUUAUAAAAUAACGUGUACCUUAAAAUAUUAUUGAAAUAGUUAUGAAUAAAUUGUGAAUUAAUUCCUUUGAAGUGAG